AAGUUUAUAUUCUAAAUAAUAAUUUUUGAAACAUAAGAGAUUAAAGCUAGCCAAUUACAAGCUACAGUUAGAUGAUCGGCUAUCCGUAAAAUGCGCGUAUGAUAGUGUUAAUUGCACAUUUAUUGAUACACUAGACAAAAAAUUGUAUUACCAUUCGUUAAUACACACUUCGCAAUCAACAUUUUUUAUGGAUUGUACAUAUCACCGAUGAUAACAUCAUUCUUUUAUUUCGUAUCAAUAAACGCAAUUACUAACGUUUAUGCGAUUCAUAACCAUUGAAAUGUAGUAAUGUGACAAUAUCAAGUCUUUCGUCAAAUAUCGCCAAAGCUGCUAUUUGUCAUAAAAAUUUGCAGAUUUUUAUUAAUAAAUUUUCCAAGUCUUCCCCAUUAUAGUAUUUUGAUUUGCAAAUUCUAGGCCACCGUGCUUGUGUGUACAGAGACAAAUUUGUAAGACAAAUCUGGAACCAUCAUCAAGAUUGUUAAAAUGUUACGGAAUUCGUGGAGAAAUUUGCAGUGUCAUUUAUAACUGUAACGUUUGCCGAAUAUUUUAGAACACUUGAAAUAGAGAACCCAUGUCGCUUUGCAAAUGCGAGCGAGUGCAUUCCGUUGCGAUAAACCUUUCCGCACAAUCCCACCUGUCCGACCCGUUCGCGACUGUAGAAAUUUCGGCAAUUUUCCGCGCGUAUCUUCACCACCGUAUGAGUCACCGAUGUUUCGCACGCGCGCGAACGUAUAUAUUUUAUUUACAUUAUACGAAUCGAAAACUGAGCGUAUAACUUAGCAAAUGACUAUAAAUAACAUCAUUUUAUAACAUUCCUUGCGUACUUAUUGGAUCGUUUUUUCAUCUUCGAAUCCAAAAUAUUCGCACGCAAUCUACUGUAAAAUAUUCGCGCCAUACGAAACAAUGUUCGCGUAUAUUUUGUACUCCGUUCUGCGUUAUAUCAUCAUUGUUACAGCUUUAGUUAAACAGUAGACUGUCUUUAAUAAAACGUGCACUAAUGUACUCGACAGAUCUUUUACCGUGUACACGUACAUUUCGUAUCUCGCAAGAUAAUGCUUUACACUUUCGGUUUACGACUUUUGCUUUAAACUUACAUCGCAGUGCUUAAGAAUAUAGAAAAUAUUUUAUCUAUAAGAGAGAAAAAAAAGUAAAAAAUUUGCUAAAUAUUUGUAUCCGAUUAUUCCUUCCUGAGAAACGAAAAGAAGUUUUUAAUGAUAACAAUAAUGAGGAAAAAUGAUGAUAAUCAAAAUGAUAAAAAAAAAAGAAAAACAAGGGAAAUGAUCGAGUUGCGUGGUCUACCGCGAGUUUCUCGAUUGGCUGUCGCUUUGACAGGGUGGGGUAUUGCGAGAAUUUGUAGUAGGAAGUAGGGGUUGUUGAAUGAGUAGCAGAACGCUCAGCGUCUCGACGCACUUGCUCGCAUCCACCCCAACGGUAGACCGAUUAACCAUACUACAGUAUAUCGUAUGGCUCCACAUCUGAGCCACGAAUUCGCCCCAGAUUUCAUGCAAAAGUGCAUGCCGAGAAAGUGAAAGUCGAACGAACGAUCAGCAUAUUUCUGAGGUAUGUUUUCUUCUUUUUUUUUAAUCUAUUUUUCACACGCACUUAAUAAAUAGUUGCAGCGAAAAAUUGGUUGUAAAAAUUGUAGCAUUGCCCGAUUUUUUAUAUAUGCCAUUUUCCGCAAACAUUAUGUCAAUUUUGUUAAUUAUUUGUUAAUUAUUACAAUAUUAUAUAAUUUUAUCAUUAAUAUAAAAUGUUCACGAUAACUCCUAUAAAUCGCAUUUGAUCGAUUCGAUUUAAUCGUGUAAACGUGAUAUUAGUAACACAUAUACGUGAGAAAUAAUCUUCGUCAUUAACUUCAUGAACCGUUUCGAAAUUUUAUCAUUAAUAUAGAAUUUUCGCGAUGCUUCCAUUGAUAAUUCACGUAACAAAUUAAUUCUUUGCUCAAUUAUUUGCUGUAGGGGUGAAAUCGAGUACAAUCGCACAGUUAAUCAAUCAACGUGAUCUAUAUUAAUAUGCAAGAGAGAAGAAGUGAAUAAGCGAAAGAUAAAUAUUUCGAGCAAAUAUACACAGUGCAGAUAAAAAAAAUUUCGCGGGAGAACGUAAACGGCAUACCUGCCUGUCGACAAAGUCCCCAUCGCGAAAUGAUUGACGAUCAUCGUAUCAGAUUAACUUCCGAAUUCAAGACUCGCACGGGGUGUACCGAGUUCGCGCGCGAGCAAUACUGAUUGUGAGAGACUUCUUUAUACUCCGAUGCUCCGUAUCGUUUAUUGUAAACAUCGCUUCGAAAAAUAUUUAUUCGAAAAGAAUGCGUUACCGCUUAAAACUAUGGCAGCAUUGACGAAGACAUGUGUUCGCAAUAUGUAUUUGUCAUUCAUUUUUCAGAACAUUAGUAAAAAAAUAUAUCCACAGAGAGCAAACAAUCUAUAAUAAGUUAUCUAAAAGUGAAUAAAAGAACACAAUGUGUAUAAGAAUAAAUACAUAAACAGAAUUAAUGCUGUAAAUUUAGCAAAAUUUUUACAUGCCCCCAAUUAUUAUUUAAAUCAUAUUAGAAGAACAAAAUCAACAUAGACAACGCGCGCUAAUUAUUUAUAUGUAUUUUUAUGUUACAUCUUUUCAAACUAAACUCCCGCACAAACACGAAAAGAAAAUAAAUUAGUUUGUUAAACUUUCGAUAAUUAGUAUUAUAAAUUCGCUUGUAAUGAAACUAUUUAAAUUAUAACGAACAGAUACAGUUGUCAUUGUAAUUCGUUUCAUAUACAUUGAAAGAGUCUCAAAUCUGUUUUAUCAGAUUAACGGUACGUUUUAUUUUCGUAGGAAAAGACGAGAGUACGCAGUAUUUCAUUAGCGCAGCGAUAUUACGAUAAUUGGAAAACAAUUGGGCGACACGUUAGUAUCGCGAAGACGAAAUAAACAUGAAGAUAAAUUCUAAAUUGCUCCUAACAUCGCUAUUGAAUGUACUGUGGCUAAUGAUCGGUUAUGCGGCGCCUUUACUAGACACAAAGGACACUUGGAAUCAAAAUAUCCUUGAACCUGUAAAGACAGCAUGCUCUCCCAACGGCCUAUGUUGGGAAUGGUUACCGAUACCGGAAAAAUAUGACGCCAUUAUAUCCGAACAAGAAAGUGAUACCUCGAGAUUGCAAUCCUGGCGCCAAGUUGCAAAUCCAGUAUCUGAAUUCACAUCAAGAUCGUUGAAAGAUACGCUAGAAGAAACCAGACGAGAGACUCGAUCACCUGCAUUGCCUAAGCAGAAGAUAACCAUACCUAGUACCUGGAGUCUCGGUGGUAUGCCUUUUAACGUUCUAUACAUGUAUACACGAUUGAAUCAUGCAGCUACGACAGAAUCGACAGCGUCUCAACAAAAAGUCAGCUCGACGACUAAAAGUUCGCUCGGAGAACAUUCUAAUUCGCGCAUUACUUCACGAAAUCAGUCUAGUACAAGAAGAAGAUACUUUUGGACUCUACCACCCCUUUUUAUAUAUGGUUUGACUCCCCCCAAGAAAUAAAAGCAAACAGCAGUAAUGUAUAUCAUCGGAUUACCAUCAUUAAAAAAAAGGAGAGAGAGAAAGAAAGAAAAAGAAACACUUUGAAUUGUGUAAAACAUCUAAAAAUAUAUAAAUAAGUAGCUCCGAAAUGCAGAGCGAUUCUUAUAACUGUAGCUCGUUAUAAUAUUUAAAAUCACGAUUUAUAUCUUUCUGCUCAUGCAAUAUUUUCCUUUUGCAAUAUACAAUGUCGCAUAAUAAAUUUUCAUUUUCUAUUUAAAUACACGACACAUAUUAAGUAAACAAUUGCACUCAAAAAGUGUAGGGAAGAUCCCUACUAUAAAAGAUUUUUGUGCAACAUAAGCAAGACCUACAUUUAAAAAAAAAAAAUUAAUAUAUAUAUAAUUG